UUGAAUCAAACUUUCUAAAUUUUCACCUUCUGAUCUUCUUGUUUCCUGAUAAAAGAAAAUGGCAGCCAUAGGAACAAACACUAAGAACUCUCAGCACUCUCGCCAUAACAGCUUGCCCAAUGCACCCCAUCCACUUGUUUCACAAUUAGAGGAGCACCUGCAAAGAUUGAAGACUUCUGAAGCCACCAUAUCAUCAUCUUCAGUAAGGCACAAACUAGAUGGCUUGAAGGAUUUGCAUGACUGCGCCAAUAAGUUGAUUCAAUUGCCAAUAGAACAAAAAGCCUUAGCACAAGAAUGCAGCAACAAACAGAUUGAUGAACUACUUGAAGGGUCUUUGAAGUUGUUGGAUAUCUGCAGUACAGCUAAGGAUUUCCUUGUCCAAUCAAAGGAAAACAUGCUGGAAAUUCAGUCUGUCAUUCGAAGAAAGAGAGGUGAUGGAUCCAACUUCACAGCUGCAUGUGCAGAGUACUUGAAUUCAAGAAAAACAAUGAAAAAGACGAUGCGAAAGUCCUUGGAAAAUUUGAAAACAAUGAAGAAUGAUGGCAAAGCUUCUUCCUCAAGCAAAGACAACAACACAUCCUCCAUGCUUACCACCUUUAAGGAAGCUGAAGAUGUCACCCUGAGCUCACUGGAAUGUUUGUUGUUGCUUAUCUCCGGCCCAAGGCGAAGUUCGAAAGGGAGUAAAUGGUCAUUGAUAUCCAAGCUGAUGCAACCUAAAAGAAUAGCCUGUGACUCUCAAGAAUCCGACACGAAUGAAUUCGAAAAGGUGGAUGCAGAUUUGCUUAGUCUCAUCAGUCACAAGCCUUCAUCCACAGAUAAUUUCCAAAUCAAUAUGGAAAAUUUGGAGAUGUGCAUUCAAAAUCUAGAAAUAGGAAUUGAGCACCUCUCAAGAAAAUUAAUUAGGAACAGAGUUUCCCUUCUCAACAUCUUCAACCACUGA